CAGAGAAGACCUAUAUACUUGGUCCCAAGGUCAUUGGAUCAAGUAGCAUUGGUCAAAGGCAGCACAGCAGCUUCCCUUGCCUAUGUUCAGUCUUUUCUGGGUUCUCUUCCAUGGAAUUUGUUCGCCACUUACAAGCAAGCUCCGCAGUGGGUUAUGAUUAGCCACUGGGCUCUCAUAAUCGACUCGCCAAUCUGCGCUGAUGGACAGACAAAAAGUCGACAAUCACUUGGAUGUGACCUGCGAGUAGCCGCAGCACCAACCGCAGGAUCUUCAAGAUAUUUGCUAGAACUCAAGGUUGUUCCAAGACGUGGCCAUAAGAGCAUCUCUCUCAGCACCGUCAAUAUCGAGGGAAACACUUUCGAAAACAGUUCGACUGAGUCACGCCAGAAGUGGGAACCGCUACAGGCAGCAGUGCUUCUUGGCUAUACUUCAUAUUUUAAUGAAGAGAUACAUCGCAAAGCGGAAAGAGUGAUUGAUAGCAUGGCAUCGGACUAUAAUGCUGUCAGCAACAAUUGUCAGACUUUCUGCACUCGUCUGUUUACAUGUAUUGGCAUUCCGAAUACCGAGGACGAGAUCCUCUCCGAGAUCUGGACUGUUCCUACUUCUCUGCAAGCCGAGGUUGAGCUUCGCCGUUGCAUCGACUACUUGGUAACGAGGUUGCUAGACCUAUACGCCAACCAUGCUCGCAUGGCCCCUUCCACUAUACCGAUGGCUAUAAACAGCCUGAUCAAGACGGCUCUCAUUAUCAUGACGAUAUUGGCUCUGUUCUUGUCUUUUCUACUGGACACACGGCUUUAUUACUUUCUGUCCUUGCUGAGUUUGGCUUGGGGCUUCUACGGUCGUUUUAACACCAUGCUCAUCGGAUCACAGCAUAUCCCGCGGCCUGCCUGGACAGAUGAGCUUUUGGAAACGACCGCUUCUAUGCUAUUUCCCUCGGAAAUCGAAACGGAUGCACAGCUACAUGGAAUUGGCACUCGGGAUGUCUGGUAAAAACUGUAUUCAGAAGAUAGUUCUAAGCGGGUAAAUUUCAUAGCCCUUCCAACAUGCUGAUCACAGAACAUGGCUACGCAAAAAAGCGGGACACGAACUUCGGACUACUACAAUGUCUACUUUAUGUUAUCAAUCACAUAGUGUAGUCAAGUUUAAGAAACAAUCACAUGCGGGACGGCCGCUUGGAAAACGUGUUGCUGAAACGGAG